GGGAAGAGAGGGGUCGAUUGGGAUUUUGUGUGGUGUGUGAGUGGUAAAUCAGCGAAGGGAGCGAGUGGAAUGGAUGAUCGUUGUAUUUGCUUGAUCAGAGGAAAAAUAAAAAUCAAUCGCCGAAAAGGCAGACUUCAAAGCCCCUCUCCCCGCAUCCUAUCCUAUCCUGCCAUUCUAUUCCUACUCCUCUUCACCCACCUAUUUGUAUUUUCAACACUCGUUUUUCGUUUUUCGCUUUUCAUUUCUUUUAAAUAUCCGAGUAAAUGACCUCGGUUCUGCGCACACUAUUGAAUUCGUGCUCACCCCAAACCAGGCCUUUUCUCCGCACCUUCAGCCACAUCUCCAGAAUGCAAGUGGUCCCCGUGCCCUGUCUCUCCGACAACUACGCGUACCUUCUGGUUGACAGCAAGACGCAGCAGGUCACAGCAGUGGACCCCGUCGACGCAUCCAAGGUGCUCUCAGCCGUGCUCUCAACCGGAUUCCCGCUCACCGGCAUUCUCACAACGCAUCACCACGCAGACCAUUCGGGCGGAAACACCAAGAUGCAAAGCGCAGUACCGGGUAUUCCCGUUUACGGCGGCGACGAGCGCAUUCCGGCGAUGACCCACCGGGUGGAGCACGGCGAUGAGUUUACGCUUGGGAGUUUCCGCAUCAGAGCCAUUCGUACUCCGGGUCAUACCACAGGCAGCGUGUGUUAUUUCGUGGAAGAGGAGGGGGAGGGAGAGGAGGGGAGGGCGGUGUUUAGCGGAGACACGCUGUUUGUUGGUGGUUGUGGGAGGCUGUUUGAGGGGAGUGCGGCGGAUAUGCACGAGUCGCUGAAUGUGCGGCUGGCGGCGUUGCCUAGGGAUACUCGCGUGUAUGCUGGGCAUGAGUAUACGAGGGCGAAUCUUAGGUUCGCCUUGACCGUGGAUCCUGACAACGAAAGGCUGCGGAGGAAGGCUGAGUGGUGCGCCAAGGUGCAGUGCACGAUGCCGAGCUCGAUUGCUGAAGAGCUUGAGACCAACCCGUUCAUGCGCGUCCACAGGCCUGAGCUCCAGAAGGCUGCCGCCGAGGCUGACCCUGUCAGGGUGCUGGCAGCAAUCCGCGAGAUGAAGGACAACUUUUAAAAUACCAGAAAAGGGUUAUAUUUUAAAUAAAAAAU